AUGUGCCUGUUGUGGUCGUUUAUAGAUCUUCAGGAUACUCCUGCAGGGACUUUUUCUGCAUGCAGCUUAACUAUAAAUACCUCACACUCCAUACACUCUCCAUACAGGCUCCAGCACAGCAGGAUAUCAUUCUUAUCUGAAGGGAGUCUUGUAGUUGAUUGUCUUAUCACACGACGAAUGGAAUCUGCAGAGCACCUGAGGAACAAGUGUGCAGCAUGCUACAGACAAUUCAACAGGAUGGAGCACUUGGUGGAACACAUGAGGACCUCGUACCAUUCUGACCAUGAACCCAUGUGUGGUAUCUGCAGGAAACAUUGUCGAUCAUUUGAAUCCCUCAGGGAGCACCUUAUAGGACCAUUGCCAAAAGCCGAAUGUGAAAGGAUAUUCAAAGAGCGUGGAUGUCACAUCUGUCUGAACAUUCUUGGCAGCCGCAAUGCUCUCAGGUCUCACCUUAACGCAUGCCAGCUCCCACGCACCAACGUAAAUGGGUUGGCAUAUCGCAUGGCAAACUUGGGGAUUUACGACAACACAAGAAACUAUGAGAAUGCAGGUGGGAGAGUGGUGGCACUUGCUUGCAAGAUGGUUGGUGGGGGGAGUGAUGGCUCCUUGGAUCUCUGUGCUAGGGUUUGUCUUAUUGAUGAAUAUGAGAACAUUAUCUUCCAUACCUAUGUCAAACCACAGCUUCCUGUCACUCACUUUAGGUAUGAAACAACAGGCAUACGACCAGAGAUGAUUAUGGAUGCACCAGGAGUGCGGCAAGUUCAAAGGAAGAUUCAAGAAUUCCUCUGCAAUGGAGAAGCGAUGUGGAAGAUCCGGCCUAAGGGAGGAAAAGCAAGAAUCCUUGUUGGUCACGGGUUGGAUCACGAUCUCAGAUGCUUAGAGGUGGACUACCCUGGAACAAUGAUCAGAGAUACAGCAAAAUAUCCUCCACUAAUGAAAACCAGCAAGCUCAGCAACUCACUCAAGUACCUAGCAAAAGCAUACCUCGGUUACGAGAUUCAAACAGGUAUACAAGAUCCUUACGAGGAUUGUGUGGCAACAAUGCGGCUAUACAAGAAAAUGAAGUACCAGUCUCAUAACAAUAAAGUAGAGGACAUCCCUCUUGCCACUGAAAACCGCAACAAUUUUGCUUCAUGGAGGUCGAAUGAACUCGAGAGGAUGAGUCCGGAUGAACUCCUGCGGAUCUCCGCAUCUGAUUACUACUGCUGGUGCUUGGAUUCUUAAGAUUUAUCAACCUAGCUAGUAAACAUAUUUGCAUGAGGGCUAAGAAGACUUUUAUUAAGCAAUCCUACUAUUAAAAAUAAAGAAUGGGAAGUGUUGCGCAGCCAAUCAUUCUCAUUUUGCCUGGUUUGUAUAAUUUUUAUGUAUAAGCAACGUUUAUGAAGUAUAUCUUGUGUAACUUGUCAGUUGUAAAACUGCACAUCGUAUGUAUAAGGUCACAUUUUACGGCUACAAAAUCCAGUGGUAUUCAAUUCAGAUUUUAAA